AUGCUGAUAGAAUGGAGGAAUCAACAGAACUAUGAGACAAAUCAAGUUGAGAUAAUGCGGAGAGCUCUGAAGGAACAGGGACUCACAGAGCUUGCUACCAAGGUCUUUGGUUCACAACAAUUGUUAGAUGUUCAACCAUUCUGUGUGAAAACACGUAGAGAAUAUUUCAGUGGAACAUUGCAGCAGAACCAUGAAGGUUACAUGACAGACUUUGACUUGCAAUUUUUCGCCAAAAUUCUUGGUAAAGACUGGAAAAAAUUUGGCAUCGACAUUGGUCUGAAGUUAGAUGAAAUAAAUAGAAUUGAGAUGGACUUUUCACCACCGAUUGUAGAUGCUAGCCUUGAAAUGUUGAUUAGAUGGCGGGAUAGGCAAUAUUUUACAGUAAAUCAGGUCAACAUCUUCAGUGCUACAUUGAAGAAACUUGAAAUGGAGGACAUCAAUGAAGAAUUUCAUACUUACCUCAAAUACAUAAGCUUUCAAAUGUCAGAUGAUCAAUCAACUAUUGUAGAUGCUGCUGAAGCAUGUGCAACUGAAAGAACACCCCUGAAGCACCGGGAAUUCAAAGACAUAAUUCCAGAAGAAAUAUUAACUAGAGGGCAAGAAGCUUUGGAGAUCUACAAAGAGGAGUUAAGUUCAGGAAAGAUCAGAGUAAACCACGCCCGAGUAAUGACUGCUGGUAAACAUGGUGUAGGAAAAACCAGUUUGGUAAACACUCUGCUAGGAAAACCAUUUAAUGAGGAAGAACCAUCCACCGAUGGAAUUGUAUUGACAACUGCUUUUAAAACUUCUGACUGUGGGUGGGAAACGGAGGUUAUGGAAG